GGCAGGCGGGCGGCGGUCACGUUGCUCGGAUUCCCGGAGGCGUUCGCGCGCCAGGCGGUUGGUUCCUGCAUCCCGUGCGCCGCCGUCCCUCGCCGCCAUGCCGAUGUUCGUGGUGAACACCAACGUGGCCCGCGCCUCGGUGCCCGACGGGCUCCUGUCCGAGCUCACGCAGCAGCUGGCGCAGGCCACGGGCAAGCCGGCGCAGUACAUCGCGGUGCACGUGGUCCCGGACCAGCUCAUGGCCUUCGCGGGCUCCAGCGAGCCGUGCGCGCUCUGCAGCCUGCACAGCAUCGGCAAGAUCGGCGGCGCGCAGAACCGCGCCUACAGCAAGCUGCUGUGCGGGCUGCUGGCCGAGCGCCUGCACCUCAGCCCCGAUAGGAUCUACAUCAAUUACUACGACAUGAACGCGGCCAACGUGGGCUGGAACGGCUCCACCUUCGCCUGAGAGCCGCGCCCCGGCCGCCGCCCGCGCGCGGUUUCCUGCCCGCCGCGCUCCCCGCGACCCUGCCCCUGGGGACAGAGAAAUAAACGGUGUGGAAACGG